AUGCUCCCCAUAGCCACCGAACAUGUCCUCAUCCACGGCUCCCGCAUAGCAUACUCCAUCUUCAGCCCCGGCUCGUCGUCAUCGAAGAAGGAAGACCCAGAGCCCGUGGUCCUACUCCACGGAACCCCCUCAUCAUCCCUAAUAUGGCGAAACAUAAUCCCCCGCUUAACCAGCGCCGGUUACAAAGUGCACGUCUACGACCUCCUCGGCUACGGCGCUUCCGAACGGCCCUGCGACCCAUCCAUCGACACCUCGAUCUCCGGCCAAGUGCCCAUCCUCGAAGCCUUGCUAGCGCAUUGGGCUCUCGAUAAGGCCGGUUCCACAUUCCAUCUCGUCGCGCACGACAUCGGAGGCGGAAUCGCGCAGCGCUUUGGAACGAGGUCACCCCGCCGACUACACCUACGUUCUUUGACGAUGAUCGACGUGGUCAGUUUCGAUAGUUAUCCAUCACAAAGGACGAAAGCGCAACUAGAGCUGGGUCUCGAACAGCUGAUGAAGGCUUCUGAUGAAGAGCACCGGGUACAUUUUAAGGACUGGCUCCUCUCCGCCGUUCACAAUCAGCAGCGUUUCGAAGAAACUAGCCUGAAUACCUUCUUAUCGUACAUCUCCGGACCAAUCGGUCAGGCGAGUCUCUUCCAGCACCAGAUCCGUCACUAUGACCCGAAACAUACCAUGGAGGUGUCGGAUCAGUUAUACCGGCUCGGAGAAGUUCCUGUGAAGUUGAUCUGGGGGGGGGAUGAUAAGUGGCAGACGGUCGAGUGGGGGGUUAGACUCCAGCGAGCGAUUCCGGGGUCAGAGUUGGAGGUGUUGGAGGAGUGUGGACAUUUUGCCAUGGAGGAUCAGCCGGAGAAGAUUGCUGGUUUGAUUGUUGGGUUCUUGGGUGGAAAGAGUGGAUAG